AGGUACUGGGACGCCACGCUUGCCACUCUUCUGAGAAUGUCACCCAGUAACACGCCCUGCUUUCCUCCUCCUCCGCCGUCUCUUCUAUCAACCGUCUCCUUCUAACAUGUUAUUGCAGUUAAUAAAAAAGCGCUCGUUUCUUCACAAAAGCAGUUGUUUCGUUGUAUAAUGUGAGAAGUCUGCGUUUAGGCGGUUAGACGCAAAGCAGUGGAAUAAAUGCUCUGUUCAGCCUGCCAACGUUCGGAACCAGUAAACAGACUGGGAACUAGGUGCCACGAUCCAGUGAGCGCCCGACUCGGGUCUCUAGCAGCCUGCGGGGUUUUUGCGUGACUUUUGGUCCCUCGCGGCUCCUGUAGCGUUCCCAGCUACGGCGCCCCUAGCAACCGCCCUCCUUAGCAAGGAGCCGCAGGGUCGCCUGGGCCUGCGCCUGCUUUCCCGCCCCGGGCCAGCGCAGGCGCUCAGGCCUCGGAGGCGGGGUGAUGGCCGCCUCCCACCAAGCGGCGAAACUGGCGGCCUCCAGUCUCCAGGUCCCGGUCAAUCCCAUUACUGGGGCGCGGGUCGCCCAGUACGAACGCGAAGAUCCCUUACAGGCCCUGACGGCAGCGACAGCGAUCUCGGAGGACGAAGAGGAGGAGAAAGUGGCGCAGCCCGCGGGGGCGUCGGCCGAUUUUAACACCAACUUUUCUGGGGUAGAUGAACAUGCACCAAGAAGUUAUAAGGACUUUGUGAACUUUUCUGGUAUUUACCACUCUAAUGAGGAAUAUUUCAAGAAAUUAGAAGAGUUGAAGGCUGCCCACAUAGAAACUAUGGCAAAAUUAGAGAAAAUGUACCAGGAUAAAUUAAAUUUAAAGGAAGUUCAGCCAUUGGUCAUCAGGGAAGACUCCGGUAGUGACUCUUCCAGAUCUGUAUCAGAAAAGAACUCCUAUCACCCUGUCUCAUUAAUGACAUCAUUUUCAGAGCCUGAUUUUGGCCAGUCUUCCUCCUUGUAUGUGUCCUCCUCUGAAGAGGAGUUGUCCAACCUAGAAAAAAAGUAUCCUAACAAAGACAGAAUGAUGACCUAUGCUAAGGAGCUCAUCAACAACAUGUGGACAGAUUUUUGUGUUGAAGAUUAUAUUCGCUCUAAAGAUACUGGCUUCCAAGCAGCUGAAAAAAGGAAGAAACGAAAAGAAUGGGUGCCUACGAUUACAGUACCGGAGCCUUUUCAAAUGAUGAUAAGAGAACAGAAGAAAAAAGAAGAGUCCAUGAAAUCUAAAUCAGAUAUCGAAAUGGCCCAUAAACUGCUCAAAAAGCAAGAAGAGGAUCUAGAGUGUAAGAAGAAAUUCCGAGCCAAUCCAGUUCCUGCAUUUGUCUUUUUCCCCCUUUACCAUGAUUUAAUCAAGCAAAAAGAAGAACGGAGAAGGUCUCUGAAGGAGAAAAACAAAGAAGCUCUUUUGGCCUCACAAAAGCCAUUUAAAUUUAUAGCAAGGGAGGAACAGAAGCGAGCAGCCCAGGAAAAGCAGCUGAGAGACUUUUUUAAGUCUAAAAAGAAAACAAAUCGAUUUAAAGCCAGACCCAUUCCUCAAUCUACUUAUGGUUCAGCUACCAAGGGCAAGUUAAAAGAAGAAGAGCUCUAUCGAAACCUUAGGACGCAGCUGAGAGCCCAGGAGCAUUUACAGAACUCAUCUUCUCUGCCUUCUAGGUCAGCUUGCGGAUGCAGGAAUCCCAGGUGUCCUGAACAGGCUGUAAAGUUGAAAUGUAAACACAAGGCUAGGUGCCGGACUCCUGAUUUUGAGGCCCUUCCUGAGAGAUACCAGAAACACCUCUCAGAACAUGAGUCUCCAAAACUCUUAACCGUGUGUAAACCAUUUGAUCUUCAUGCAUCUCCACAUGCAUCUACUAAAAGAGAAAAAAUUUUGGCAGACAUCAAAGCAGAUGAAGAAAAUUUAAAAGAAACACGUUGGCCUUAUUUGUCUCCAAGGCAUAAGUCACCAGUAAGAUGUACAGGUGUAAAGCCUGUGCCUUAUACCUGCAACCCUCCAGUGCCCACGGUAUCUUCCAGAAAACGAGAACAAGCCAUAAGGAGAUCACUUGAGGAAAAGAAAAUAUUGGAAGAAGAGAGAAAUCGGAUCCUAACUAAACAGAAGCAAAGAAUGAAAGAAUUGCAGAAACUCCUGACAACCCGGGCUAAGGCUUAUGACUCACAUCAAAGUUUAGCUCAGAUAUCUAAAUGCAAAGUAAAAUAUCUCAGAAAGAGUGAAAAGGAAAGGAUGAGAGAAUACCGACAAGAACUAGAAGAAAGAGAAGAAAAGUUAAAAAAGAGGCCACUACUAUUUGAAAGAGUUGCUCAGAAAAAUGCAAGAAUGGCAGCAGAAAAGCAUUAUUCUGUUACCCUAAAAGCACUAGGAAUAUCUGAUGAGUUUGUUUCAAAGAAAGGCCAAAGUAGAAAAGUACUUGAGUACUUCAACAAUCAAGAGAUGAAAAGUGUCACUGAAGACAAAGAAAGCUUUAAUGAAGAAGAAAAAAUAGAAGAGAGAGAAAAUGGGGAAGAAAAUUAUUUUAUUGAUACCAACAGCCAGGAUUCUUAUAAGGAAAAAGGUGAAGCUGAUGAAGAGAGUGGAGAAGAGAAAUCUGUUGAAGAAUCACACUGAAUCAUCAAGGUCUCCUCUCUAUGCCCUUGCUGCUGUUCGCAGUGUCAGGGUGUGAGCAGCUGCAUUUGUGUUUAGAACAUCUGUGGGGACACCUCUGAUUUGUGCAGGGCAGUUGAGCAAAGUCAUCUGUACCCUGAAAAGCCUGAAUCCAGUUUAUUGGUCAUUUGAUCAGUUAGAGUAAGGCUUUGCCUAUUCAGUUUUAAAAAUCAUUAUAUACAAUCUGUUUACAACUAUGAUUUUGUAUUUUUUAAAAGUGUUUGAGAAUCACAGCUGUCAAACUGUUAUAAAAAUAUACGUUGUUUCAUUAAUUUUAAUAGAAAAAAUGGCUUAGUAUUGAAAGCAGAGAGAAAUAUUGGUCUUUGGUGAUUUACUUUUUAAAAAUUUCUGGAAAGUGUGAAUCAAUGAGUAUUUUUAAUUAUACUAUUUGCCCAUUCUUUUUCUCUGAAAUACAUUUCACAGAAUAAAUCCUUGAAUUUAUUUUGCUACUCUGAGCCAUUUUUAAAAGUAUAGAAAAAAAAUACUUACAAAUUUUAUUUUUGCACUGAAAGUUCACUGUUAAAUUGUCUACACCAUCAUCCCUUUUUCUUUUAAUCCUUAGUUCUAGUCAAAAUUAUUUUUGAUACGUAAAUUAUUAGGAAAGUUUUUAUACUAGCUUUUUUAAACCUUUGUAUUAUUACAGAUGGAAGUAUUUAUGGCAUGUGUGAGUUAUAAUCUAAAUUAGGGGCAAGUAUUCCUGUUUUAUAUAUGAUGAAAUUGUGCAUAGGAACUUGGCUAAGGCAAGUAUCCAAAGUAAUUCAGAUUUAACUCUUUACUGCUAGACCCAGUUGUGUUCAACUUUUUACAUAUUGUUGCAAACACACUUUGUCUCUCUGGGUACAAUGUUAAUCUGAUUUUAUGAAAUAAUUUUUUCUUUAAGCAAAUUUUUGUUUUAAAAUUUGAAGCCAAUUAUAAAGCUGUUACAGCAUAAGACGUCUUCUCUUCUAAAAACAAUCAGCAUCAUUGUAAAAGGAUGAACUCAUAUAGGUGUAUGUAAUAGCAGUGUUCCCCAACUGGCAAUUUGUGUUUUAAAUUGAAAAAUAAGGUUAUUUUUCUUCAUUAGGGGCAAAUGUUUACUUGUAAUUUCCUUCCUACAGUUCAUGUUAAAAGUGAAAAUUACUUUUCACUUUUAUUAAAUUGUAAACUCCUUGGGAAUUGGCACCAUUUACAAAUUCAUCUUUGUAUUCCCUUAAUAUUUGGCACAGGAUUAUACAUAUGGUAGGUACUUAAUAAAGGUUUGAAUGACUGUGCAGAUGAA